AUGCUCGAGAGGAAGAAAGGACGAACACUGUUGGGGAAGAGGAAAGCCCUAGGCACAAUCGAAACGAGGCGAACGAAGAAGAGUCGGAAGAUGGAGGGGACAUUAGAGCGACACUCUCUGCUUCAAUUCGGUCAAUUGUCGAAGCUUUCGUUCGAUAAUCUUCCGCCGUCGAGUGCUGCAGAUUCGUCGGAGCUCCGGAAUGAGUUGGGUUCCGUUGGUGCAGACGGAGAUUGGGGAGAGAAGGAAUUCAUUCUCAGCCAAGACUUCUUCUGCACACCUGACUAUAUAACUCCGGACAAUCAGAACUUGAUGACCGAUUUAAACAUCAGCAUGGAUCAUUCUCCUUGUCCGAGGUCUCCUGUUAAACUAACUUCAGCUAAAAGCAAAAGAUGCCGCCAGGACAGUUUCACAUUUAAUACUUCAGAUUCUACCUGGGCUUCAAAAUAUAAAGUAGACGAACAAGAGAAUGAUGAUAUUGACACAGACGAGAUCGUGGUGGAUAAAACAGAGAGGACUGGAUACGUUUCACGGUCCGCAGUUGCUCUUCGGUCUCGGGUUAUGCCACCUCCUUGCCUCAAGAAUCCUUAUUUGAUGAAUGAGUCCGAGACAGCUACUGACCCUUUCGGAUAUCAGAGGUCUAAAUGUGCUAGUUUUCUCCCUGCAAGCAUGAGUGGGGACGGCUUGUCAAGAUAUCUCACAGACUUUCAUGAAAUUCAGCAAAUAGGUGCUGGGAAUUUCAGUCGCGUAUUUAAAGUUUUGAAGAGGAUUGAUGGUUGCUUGUACGCCGUGAAACGCAGCACAAGGAAGCUGUAUCUAGAUUCAGAGAGGCGUAAAGCUAUGAUGGAAGUUCAAGCUCUUGCUGCUCUAGGAUUCCAUGAAAAUGUAGUGGGAUACUACAACUCGUGGUAUGAAAACGAGCAGUUAUACAUUCAACUGGAGCUCUGUGAUCACAGUUUGUCCAAGAAAUCUUCUCUUAAGAUCUCAGAGAGAGAGAUUUUGGUGAUUAUGCAUCAGAUGGCCAAGGCUUUACAGUUUGUGCACGAGAAAGGAAUAGCUCAUUUAGAUGUAAAACCUGACAAUAUAUACAUCAAGAACGGUGUCUGCAAGCUCGGUGACUUCGGUUGUGCAACGCGGUUGGACAAAAGCUUGCCAGUAGAGGAAGGUGUCACGGUUUACGAGCUGAUUAGAGGAUCCCCACUUACAGAAUCAAGAAACAAGUCCCUCAAUAUCAAAGAAGGCAAGCUUCCUCUUCUUCCCGGCCACUCGUUACAGUUACAGCAACUGCUUAAGACAAUGAUGGAUCGUGACCCAAGUCGUCGUCCUUCUGCUACAGAAUUAGUGGAGCACCCCAUGUUCGACAGGAUCCGCGGUUGAGAUUCAUAAACUCUCUCAGAUGUUGAGUUAAAGUCCAAUUUUGUAAAUUAUGGUACGUUUAGUUAAACCCGUUCUCGGUUGUUUCCGAGAAACAGAAGGAAAAAGGUAAAACGAGGAUAAUAUUUAACAUUGUGGGAUGUUGUCGACUUGAGAAAAUAGAAUGACACAACCACAACAUGUAAACUGCGAGCGACAUAAGUGGGUGUUUGUGUUCUUUAUACUUUGCAAAUGUCUUAGUUCUACGUA